UCUUCUUCUCCCAGCCAGCUCAACAUCCCGUCAGUGUCUCAAGUCCUUCGCCAAUCCAGACAAAGACCGUCGCAAUGGCCAAAGACAACCCCAAGACCCAGCCGAAGAAGGCGGCGGCGCCCAAGAAGUCCCGAUCUGCGAUCGGAGACGUUGUCGCGCGCGAGUACACCAUCCAUCUGCACAAGCGAGUUCACGGCAUCAGCUUCAAGAAGCGAGCGCCCCGCGCCAUUAAGGAGAUUCGAAGAUUCGCUACGCAAGCUAUGGGAACCAACGACGUGCGACUCGACCCCCAGCUGAACAAAAAGGUGUGGGAAUCCGGAAUCAAGGGCGUCCCCUUCCGCCUGCGGGUCCGGAUUUCGCGGAAGAGAAACGACGAAGAAGGCGCAAAGGAGAAGCUGUACUCUUAUGUCCAGGCCGUGAACGUCAAGGAGAGGGAGGCCAAGGGUCUGCAGACCGUGGUCGUCGAGGAUUCAUAGAACACCCAAACCCUGGCCCAAAUACGGGAAUGCCCGGUUGUGGGGAGCUGAUUGGGGCGGUUGGGCUCUGCGGCCAAGGGAAGCCGGAUCCUUGAAAGAUGAAUCGAAUCCAAGGGAGAAGGAAGUGAGCCCAGACGACGGAUGAGAUACCAUGACCACAAAAGGCUCGAUGCGUGCGUACUAUUUGCUUGUUGCAGCUUCGGCAAGAGGUGUUGAGAGAGCAACACUCUCGAAAGCGAAUCAAGAUUUCAAGGAAGCGGUUCCCUUUAUUUCAAAGUUUCUACGUAGGCCUGCAUUCCUUUCCAAUGCUUUCCGAGCUCGCCCAUAUCACUCAACCGCUCCGGCAUUGUCAGUUCGACGCUCAGGGAGCUUCAAGUGUCGAAGAGGUAGCUCAACCUGCCCCUGAUGGCAACAAGGAGGCCCAAUCUCUUUCAAACCGAACUCAACCUUUGCGGACAUACACAAUAUCGUCUCAUGCGAUGGUGUAGAUGUGGUGGCAUCAUAUCACACAUAUCUUGUUGCUG